UCAGUGAGGGCGGAAGACAUGGAAGAUCACUCAGCCACCCAGCAGUGACACCCUGUGAGAUGUAUGUGUGAUGGGGACGGUGGCGGGGGAGGGGACACCCCUCUGUGCAGAGCAGCCAAUCAGAACUCGGCUGUCAUUGGUCGGGGUGUGAAGUCAGAUCUGAUUGUCAGGAUGGAGUCGGAGAAGGUCCCCUCGGAGGAUCGGGAGGAGGCGGAGAAGGUCCCCUCGGAGGAUCGGGAGGAGGAGGAGGAGGAGAAGGUCCCCUCGGAGGAUCUGGAGGAGGAGUUCCUCAGGGAGGAUCGGGAUGAGGAGGAGGGGAUUGUGGAGGAUGAAGGGAAGGAGGACGGAGAUCUGGAACAGAACCCCUUUGAUGGUCUCCCCUUCUCCUCCCGCUAUUACCUCUUCCUGGCCGGGCGCCGCAUGUUGCCGGUUUGGGGGGUAAAAUACCAAUUCCUGGAGAGUCUUCAGAGCAACAACAUCGUCCUUGUCAGCGGAGAGGCGGGGUCUGGGCGGAGCACACAGGUUCCUCAGUGGUGUGCGGAGUUCGCUCUCUCCCAGGAAUACUCGGAGGGCGCCGUCAUCUCCUCCCAGCCUCACGCCGCCGCCGCCUUCAGCCUGGCCGUCCGAGUGGCGGAUGAGAUGGACCUGAACCUUGGCCAUGAAGUCGGCUUCUCUGUCCCUCAUGAGGACUGCACCACCCCCAACACCAUACUGAGGUUCUGCUGGGACUCUCUGCUCCUCCAGGAACUGACCUCCAACCCUCUCAUGCAGACGGCCAGUGUGGUGAUUCUGGACGAGGUAGAUGAGCGGACUGUGGCCACCGACCUCCUCCUGGGCCUCCUGAAGGACAUCAUUCGGCAGAGAGCUGCCCUGCGUCUGGUGGUCAUGACCUCGCCGGCUCUGCAGCCUCGUCUGCUGGAGUUCCUUGGGUCGGGUACGUCCGUGGUGACGGUUCCAGGCCGGGAUCACAUGCCGAGUGUGGUGUACCGGCCGUCUCAGUCACAUGACCAGGUGAUGGCGGCGUGUCACAUGGUGCUGGAUAUCCACCGGAGGAAUGACCCCGGGGACGUGCUGGUGUUUCUGGCCAGCGAGGAGGAAGUACAGCGGUGCUCGGCGGCGCUCCUCACAGAGUCCGUGUCCCUGAGUCCCAGCCUGGGCUCCCUGCUGCCGAUGGCUCUUCUCCCCAGUGCUGGCUCCUCUAUACAGAGCGUGUACGAGGCGUCCCACAAUGACUCCGACUACCAGCGCCAUGUCUUCCUCACAUCCUCCGUGGCCGAGUUAUCCUUCUCACUGACUGGGAUACAGUUCGUCAUCGAUACCGGGAGCGAGGUGCAAUCUGUUUACAAUCCCCGAAUUCGUGCCGAUUCUCAGGUCCAACGUCUGAUCAGUAAAUCCAGAGCGGAGUUCCGGAGGAUGAGAGCGCAAGGACCCCAUGGGGUUUGUUACCGCUUGUAUCCUGAGAGCACCUUCCAGAGUCGGAUGUUGGAGUUCUGUCCUCCUCGGAUUCUGCAGGAAAACUUGAGUCGCAUGGUUCUGCUGCUGAAACGUUUGGACAUCGCUGACCUCGGACAGUGCGACUUCCUGGACCGGCCUGCUCCGGAGUUCCUCAUGCAGGCUCUUGAAGAUCUGGAUUACCUGGCAGCCCUGGAUGACGAUGGCAAUCUGUCUGAGGUUGGGAUUGUGAUGUCGGAGUUUCCUCUGGAUCCUCAGAUCUCCAAAUCUCUCAUUGCGGCCUGCGAAUUCCAGUGCGUCAGUGAGAUGCUGACAUUGGCCGCCAUGCUAAGUGUUGCCCCCCGCUGUUUCCUGCCCCCUCCGCACAGCGAGUCCGUCCUCUGCGCCCGCCGUGACCUGCAGCUUCCGGAAGGGGAUCACAUGACUCUCAUCGCCGUCUACGAUCAUUACAAGGAGAAUGGGGACAGUUGGUGUGUCCAUGCCGCGGUUUGCCCCCGCGCUCUGCACCAGGCUGACCUGCUCCGCGAUGAACUGCUGGACACCAUGACGAGGAUCGAACUACCGGUGACUGAUCCGUCCUUCCCCGACCCGGAGUGCAUGCUGAACGUCCUCAGGGCCCUGCUGUCCGGAGGGUUCCUCAAGGCUGCUAGGGAUGUGGACGGACAAGGGAACUAUGUCAUGCUCACUCACAAGCACGUGGCCUAUCUGCACCCCUCCUCCGUGUAUUAUGGCUGCUCCCCUCCCCCGACCUGGGUCCUCUAUCAUGACUUCAGCAUCACUCAGGACAACUGUAUCAGUGUGGCCACCGAAAUCCUGCCUGAAAUGUUGGUGGAAUUUGCCCCCCAAUAUUACCUGAGUAACCUGCCAGCCGGUGAGAGUCGGGACCUUCUGAUGGAGUUGAGGGACAAGCUGCAGUAUGAAGAGACACAUCCGGAACAAAACGAGGAGGAGGACCAUGAAGGGGAGGAAGAAGAGGAGGAGGAAGAGGAGGUGGUGGAGGAGAAGGAUUCCUGCUCUCUGCAGUGAGGACGUCUCUCAGGACUUGAUGUGCACUUUAUCUGCUGAGCCAAUGAGAGGGGAGAGCUAAGCACUCGCUGGCCCUGGGAUCCGGUCCAGGCUCCACCCUGAACUGGAAAAGACAAGAUUCGCUGAGUGGUCUUUCAUGUAGCUUAGUUUGUACAGCUGGGACCCCAGGGGCAAUUCAGAUCAUGUGUAUAGCAUGGAGGAGCUUAGCCAGUAAGGAGAGAGCUAAUUAAUAAUAAUAAUCCAUGGCCCAACCCUCAUAAUUCCCUGGCACCGCAAGCGGCACCCUUAACUGGCAGCAGCUGGGGAUUCUGUGUGUUUGUUGAGCCUCCUAUAGAAAUUCACUAGAUUUUUGCUGCACAACGACUGCAGUGAUUUUUAUGCAGCUAUGGAAAUCUCCCCUCUAAGUGGUCUGACUGGAGGGUGCUGCAAUGGGUGCAGAUCUCAGGCCUGGGAAAAACAUAAACCCCUUCCCCACUCCCAUAUAAUCCAUACUGUAUGUUUGUUUUUUUAACCAAUUGAACCAAGAUUUACUCACCUUAGUCCAUCGUCCAUGUCCCUUACUGGUGCGGUUUCUGGGGGACCGCUAAUCGAGCGCUGCUGAUGUGCCCGCGUCAAGUGGUCCUCGACGGUUCCCAGCGCUCUGACGUUACCCUUGCAAAUUCCCCUUCUGGAUCCUAAGAGGACCUUGCAGCUGGAGGUAACUGAUUAGGAAAUGUCCACAUUAUACGGGCAGUGACAUGGACUACCUGCUAUCAUACAGCUAUGGAAAUCUCCCCUCUAAGUGGUCUGACUGGAGGGUGCUGCAAUGGGUGCAGCUCUCAGGCCUGGGAAAAACAUUAACCCCUUCCCCACUUCCCUAUAAUCCAUCCUGUAUGUUUGUUUUUUUAUUUUUCCUCUCGGGAGGAGAGCGUCAGGUGACCCUGGUCUUAGCUGAGCAGUUAGAGGGGAGAUGGGGGACCCCACCUUUCUUUCAUCUGACGUUCUUCUCCCUCCAUAUAACAAACAUUGUUUUGGGGUGCUGCACGGUUCUGACAGCGCUGGACCACGUGCGAUUUAGAAGGGUGCGCGCAGUGAUGGAUUGCGCGGUGCAAAACCAGCAGCAAAGGGGGGAGGGGGGUCAGUGGCACUACGAAAUGUGAUGUGCAAGAUUUUAUUCAUAUAUUCCAACGUUUUAGGGCCUCGUGGGGUCCCCUUCCUAAAAACGCAUAUAGUCAGUGGUGACCCAUAUCAACCGAAGUCCCUCCAUGUUGUCAUAAUCCCGCCCACAUGAACAAGCAGAAAACAUGAUAGCAUGUAAUAUACAUAUAUAUAUAUACUGCCUUGGAAAAAGUAUUCAUACCCCUUGAA